AUGACUCCUGCUGCAAAGUCAAAUAAUAAUAAAAAGUGCUCUAUUUUAAUAUUGAAUGGUCUUUUGUUAAGCACUUCUACUUAUGGGCUAUACCGUUGUACUCUGGUUCACUUACCAGACACAUUAAGAGCAGCGGGCCAUAAACAAUUUUUAACUAAUAUCUCUUUAUUUUUUACUAUAUUGUAUAAUAUUUCUAGAAUAGGUGGGGUUCUAACUAAUCGCUCGGGUAGUCUCGACGGAUGUAUAUCUACAGAAGUGUUGUUACCCAUUGUUUUAGUAGUAGAAACCAUUGUAACCCUAGUUUAUUGGCCACUACGAUUAUUUUUCAUCGGUUUAAUCUAUCAGAGUAGAACAGUUUCUGAUGGGACUCCAGUUAUUAAGGUUGCUUUGCCUAUUUAUGUCGAUAUGUUUUUGCAUCUAUUCCCCCUCAUUGGUUUGUUAAUUGAUUAUUUCAAAUUCAAAAAGGUGAGAUUUAAUAAAUUUAGCGAUCUGGGUGCACUAUUGUCUUGUUUGGUAUUGGCUACUUCCUACAAAUUAUGGCUAAAUUAUUUAAUCACAGACUUAACUACUCAGAAAUUCCCUUACCCAUUUUUGGAUGUUAGGGAACCCAUAAAAAGUAUUAUUAUGUAUACGUUAAGUCUUGUUGGUUUUGGGUUUUAUAAAUUAUAUAAAUCACUACAUCCGGGUGUCGCUACUGGUGCUGGAAAGAACAAGGAUAAUUAA